AUGGAAGAUCUACAGGUUAGGCCUGGCUUUUUCGGCCUACGCCGUAAGCCUCCGGUUUAUGGUCCAAAUCCCGGAAGAGGAGAGAGGCCAACGUCACAUUUCGGUAUGGAAAGUGAGGCUCUAAAGCAACACCAUGUGUCCUAUCACGAGUACGACGGAUAUUACCUGAAGCUCAGCAAAGUCGACUUGAUUUAUGCAAAUGGAAACUUAUAA